CCACCCCCAUAUUUGGACGGCGCAUACAAAGCUAAAAACGAAGUACAGUGCAACGCCAUAAUUCACUAAUACGUCAUAAAUCGUUGAAAGUACGCGCGUUAUAACGACCAGGAGAAAUCUAACAAAUCAAGCGCCCCUUAGUGCUCAGCUGUAACUCCGUAAAACAACCUAAAUGAGCUCUUACUUUGUAAACUCGUUCUCGGGGCGCUACCCAAAUGGCCCCGACUAUCAACUGCUAAAUUAUGGAGCAGGCAGCGGCGCAAUGAACGCCGGGACGUACAGGGACUCUUCAUCCGGCACCAUGCACCAUGCGACGGGCUCUUACGGCUACAGCUACAAUGGCAUGGACCUGACGGUGGCCAGCCGGGGAGGAGGGGGGAACAGCGGCGGCAGCACCGGAGGAGGAGGAGGACACUUCGGGGACUCCAGAGCCUUCCAAGCGGACAGGAGCUUCAGAGCGACCUCCAGCUGCUCCCUCGCCUCCGCCGCGGACUCCCUCCUGUCACCGGGCAGCGGAGACUCCAAGCUGGGCGCGCAGAGCUCCUCUCCCUGCUCCGAGCAACCAGGAAGCCUCAGCUCUCCAAACCUGUCCUCCUCCUCCUCUUCCUCCUCCGCCGGCGGUGGCGGAACGGCGCAACGCUUCACGGAGCUGGACGAUGCCGCGUCGCCAGAGACCGAGGAUUUGCGGCACAGCCGAGCCGGAAACCCACCGACCAGGACCGUGCAGAAGCAGGAGGGCGGCCCGGCGGCAUCGGGCGCUGCUGGCAGCACGACGGGUGGCGAGGCGCAGACCCCUCAGAUAUUCCCCUGGAUGAGAAAGCUGCACAUCAGCCAUGAUAUGACCGGACCGGACGGUAAACGGGCGCGGACGGCGUACACGCGCUACCAAACGCUGGAGCUGGAGAAGGAGUUCCACUUCAAUCGCUACCUCACGCGGCGCCGGCGGAUCGAGAUCGCGCACGCGCUGUGCCUGACAGAGCGCCAGAUCAAGAUCUGGUUCCAGAACCGGAGGAUGAAGUGGAAGAAGGACAAUAAACUGAAAAGCAUGAGCCUGGCCACGGCCGGCAGCGCAUUCCAGCCCUGAAAUAAACGACAAAAGUUAUCCAUCCAUGCAUGGAUCUGUUUUUGUUUGUUUGUUUGUUUGUUUGUUUUUUGGGGGGGGGGGGUGCAGGUUGCCAUGGAGACAAAACCGCAGUCAAGCAAAGAAGAAAGGAGAAAAAGAUGAAGAAAAUGACAGUUAAACACAUUCUAAAUCUCUUAUUGCGUCAUAGAGUACUGUACAGCUGUACAGCAGCACUUUUUAUUUGUUCGGCAUGUUGGUCGUUAAAAUAAUGACUGUGGUACUUGUUCUUUCUGAAUGUUGUCGUUUUUAAAAUAAUGCUACAUUCUUCCUAAUUUGCUACCUAAACAUGUGGUUUGUUGUCUAAAUACCGCUCGAUGUUUUUGUAAGAAAAAAGAAAGAAGGGGGAAAAAAAAACAGAAUGCUUUGCGCUCUUACUGUUGUAAGUUAUUUGUAUCGUAGACUUUUCAUCUCAUGUCAUUCAAAUCAUAUUUUUAUUGAAGGUGCGUGAAAACAAGUCAAAUCUGCCUCCAUUAUUUUAUAAUGUUGUGUAUACCUCCAUUAUUCACAAAGUGUAUCUGUAUAUUGUUAUUAUUAUAAUUAUUGGAUCUAUGUUCCAAGAAAAGGUCGAUGUAUAUAUACAGUAUAUUUGACAUUUUUAAUGUGAUGUUGUUUUUGUGAGUGAUAGUGCGCGCGUAUGUGAGGAGAAUGAUGCCGUCCUGUAAGGCCUGUAAGCUUCUAGUGAGCUUUUUGUAUUUGUUAGUAACACGAAGUAAGAAAAAAAAAAAUCUACAAUAAAGUUUGCCAUAUCAACAAAAAUAUCA